AUGGACAACAGAUGAAAAAAGAAUGAUGUAUUUGCAGACAUGCUUUUUCACGUUUAUGUAUGUCAAACAAACAGAUAAAAUAAAAAAUAAAACAAAGCUGUGAUUUAUUAAAAUAACAAAGCUAAUCACUUCUCUAAUAAUUUUACAAGUUUAAACAUGUCUCUAUUAUAACAAAACAAAACGUUUUCAUUGGUAAAACUUUAUUUUUAACUGACACCUCUUUAAGCGCAGCGGCUUUGAACCUUCCGGGCUACUGUAGAGUGAACUUCCGGAAACUGCUGGUCAAAGAGAAAGCAGUUUAAUCUGAGCCAUGCGUCAUUUCAGUCUUCAGAGAGUUAGCAACCGGGCUAACGGAGGAGAAUAACGCGCUUUGGAGGUAAACAAACAUCAUGGCGGAGUCGUCGCCUCUGUCGGGGGUGAACGUGGUGUUGGUGAUGGCGUACGGGAGUCUGGUCUUCGUGCUCCUCUUCAUCUUCGUCAAAAGACAAAUCAUGCGCUUCGCCAUGAGGUCCCGCCGCGGGCCGCACGCGCCCAUCGGCCACAACGCACCGAAGGGUCUGAGGGAGAAAAUCGACUUCAGCCUGUCGAAGGUCCAGGAGAUCCGGUUCGAGCCGCGGCUGCUGUCGGAGGCGGAUGACCGGCUGGUGCCCAGAUCCCACAUCAGCUGCUACAACUACCUGUUCCGGAUGAAAGCUCUGGACGCCAUCCGGGACUCCGGAAUCCCGCUCCAGGACAUAAGCCGCACCCCCAGCGGCUUCACCGGCCGCACCUUCAGGAACUGGCUGCUGGAGCUGAGAAACUCCCACUCUCUGAUCAAAAGCAGCCGCAGCGCGCUCAUCGACCGCCUGCUGGAGGGCUACGACGACGCUCGCCACGGAACGGGGGUGUUCGGGGAGGCGGAGUUUCUGGAGUAUCAGCAGGCUCUGAACGAACUGGCUGAAGUGGUGAAGGCCUACUCCAGCAACACCAGCCUGGAUCAGUUCCACCAGUCGGCCGCUAAAGACCUGACGGGCUCUCCCGUCCGCGGCGCCCCCUCCACCAUCCAGGUGACCUACCUGCCCUCCGCCGGCCAGCGCAGCAAGCGGCCCAAACACUUCCUGGAGCUCAAGAGCUUCAAGGACAACUACAACACUCUGGAGAGCACGCUGUGAGACAUGGACUGACGGUGCGUUCAGGGACACCCCAGAACCCGUAAAACUGAAGAUGAGCUGCGAGGAGAACCGCUCUGUAAACUGGGUUGUUUGGACUAUUUCAUAACUUUAUGUUCACAUUUAGACUUGAAGCAAAAUAAUGUUAAUUUGAAGCAGCUUGAUAUUUAUUUGGAGCGUUAACUUAUUUAAUUAAUGCUAUUGACUUGUUGUAAUUUUAUUUUAUUAAAUACAUUUUUUUUGAGAAUCUUCGUUUUUAAUGAAAAAUAAAAUGCAUCCUGUAGCCACUAGGUGGCACUGCAGGGUGAAAAAAUACAUCAAGAAUCAACACUUGUAUAUAUUAUUGGUUUUAAUCGGAUUUUUGUCCAAAUAUAUUAAAGAAUUCUUGCAACAAA